AUGCGCACCACUAUCACUACCUCCGAACCAUAUCGACUAACGGCUGACACUUUCGCUUUCUCCUCGACAGUCUGGAAGGAGAACAACGGUGCUGCCGCUGCCGACUAUGCUAGAGAAAGCUCGCCUCGACGUGAGACUCGUGGUGAGGAGCAGCCGCCUGCGAGGAGCCCCAGGAGAGACAGAAGCCGAAGCCCCGGACGUGGUCCCGAGAGGUCUGGCCGACCCAACGACGCCGGCCAACAGAACCCUGGUAACAACCUUCACGUCAGUGGUUUGUCCCGCUCGGUUACUGAGCGUCAGCUCGAGGACCUGUUCUCCAAGAUUGGCAAGAUUGUUAAGGUGCAGAUCAUGAUGGACCCCCAUUCUCAGGAGUCUCGAGGUUUCGGUUUCGUCAUGAUGGAAACUCCCGAGGAAGCACAGGCUGCUAUUGAUCAGCUUACUGGCACCAACCUUGAGGGCAAGACCAUGACUGUCGCCCACGCCCGCCGAGGACGAGCUCGUACUCCUACUCCUGGCCGAUACCACGGUACCAAGGCCGAUGGUCCCCCCGGUGGUAGGGGUGGUCCCCGAUACGGCGGCGGCUACGACCGACCCUACCAGCCCAGAUCUUACGACUCUCGAUACUACGACAGACCUCCUCGAGGCUACGAUGAGCGAGACAGGUACGACCGUAGGGACAGGUACGAUGACCGAAGGUACGACGACCGCUAUGCGGCUCCUGCCCCUCGUGGUGAUCGAUACGACGACUACUACCGAGGAUCCGGUUCUGCUGCCGCCCCCGCUGCUGCUGCUGCUCCGUAA